UUCCCCUGCUCUGGGUUUGUGAGUGUGAAUUUGGUUGUAUCCUUUCUGUUUUCUCUCUUCGACCUCUUCUUCUAUUCUGUGAGGUUCUGUUCUGUGUGAGAAAGAUAGAAGGAGGGAAACCUAGAAAAUUUUUCGCCUGACCAUUGCUGCUCCUCAUGAUUAACAUAUAGUUUUAUUUGAUGAAGGUGUCGAGGAUCUGACCUAGGGUUUUCAUAUAUACUGUGGAUAUAAUUGAAGGCAGGGGACGGUUUGAAGGGUUUGGAAUCCGACGUGAAUAAAAAUGUUGAUUCGUAAUGCGAUAUUGCGGGAAUUAUAGUUUUGAUCUUGCGGAAUUGCGCGAAUCUUCGAGUUUAAGCAAUGGAUGUCGAUUCCUCGAUGGUGUCGGAAACCGAUCAGGAUCCAGUUUUGCAGAAUAACAACACAGCUCAGCCUUCUGCGGCAAUGGAAAGGGAGCAGCUUGAAGAGCAGCCGGCGUCAGCCGGCGGAUCUCCAUCGACUACCCAGUCACCGGUGCAGCAGCAGCAGCAGCAGGUGUCUUCUCAGGGGCAGCAGAGUUCUGUUAUUGGACCUAGGCUCGCGCCAACUUACUCCGUGGUGAAUGCAAUAAUUGAAAAGAAGGAGGACGGACCAGGGCCUAGGUGUGGCCACACCUUGACGGCCGUCGCAGCUGUUGGAGAGGAAGGUACACCUGGGUACAUUGGCCCAAGGCUUAUUUUGUUCGGUGGUGCCACUGCACUUGAAGGGAAUUCGGCAGCUUCCGGGACUCCUUCUUCGGCAGGAAAUGCUGGAAUACGUCUAGCUGGUGCCACGGCUGAUGUCCAUUGUUAUGACGUCUUAACAAAUAAAUGGUCCAGGAUAACUCCCUAUGGAGAACCUCCAACUCCAAGGGCUGCUCAUGUGGCAACUGCUGUGGGAACAAUGGUGGUUAUUCAGGGUGGCAUCGGUCCUGCUGGCUUGUCAGCAGAAGACCUUCAUGUUCUUGACCUCACUCAGCAGCGGCCACGAUGGCAUAGGGUUGUUGUUCAAGGUCCUGGACCAGGACCUCGUUAUGGACAUGUGAUGGCUUUGGUGGGGCAGAGAUAUCUAAUGGCUAUUGGAGGAAAUGAUGGAAAGAGACCUUUGGCUGAUGUAUGGGCCUUGGACACAGCUGCCAAGCCUUAUGAAUGGCGCAAGUUGGAGCCAGAAGGAGAGGGGCCACCGCCAUGCAUGUAUGCAACUGCAAGUGCACGCUCUGAUGGGCUUCUUUUACUUUGUGGGGGGAGGGAUGCCAAUAGUGUGCCGUUGGCAAGUGCAUACGGUCUUGCAAAGCAUAGGGAUGGCCGAUGGGAAUGGGCAAUUGCCCCUGGUGUUUCACCAUCUCCGAGAUAUCAGCAUGCAGCUGUAUUUGUUAAUGCAAGGCUACAUGUAUCUGGAGGGGCUCUUGGUGGAGGGCGGAUGGUAGAAGAUUCGUCAAGUGUUGCAGUGUUGGAUACUGCAGCUGGCGUUUGGUGUGAUACAAAAUCUGUUGUUACCAGUCCAAGGACAGGACGAUACAGUGCGGAUGCAGCUGGUGGGGAUGCUUCAGUGGAGUUGACCCGGCGUUGUAGGCAUGCAGCCGCUGCUGUUGGUGACCUAAUUUUUAUUUAUGGUGGUUUACGUGGUGGAGUUUUGCUGGAUGACCUCCUUGUUGCUGAAGAUCUUGCUGCUGCUGAAACCACAACUGCUGCUUCACAUGCAGCCGCAGCUGCUGCAACUAAUUUACAACCAGGGUGCAUGCCUGGACGAUAUGGGUUUGAUGAUAGAUCAAGGCAAACAAUGCCUGAAGCGGCUGCUGAUGGGGCAGUUGUUCUGGGCAAUCCCGUUGCUCCCCCUAUAAAUGGUGACAUGUAUACUGAUAUUAGCACUGAAAAUGCCAUGUUACAGGGAUCAAGGCGAACUAGCAAAGGUGUUGAAUAUCUAGUUGAAGCAUCAGCUGCUGAAGCUGAAGCUAUCAGUGCCACAUUGGCUGCUGCUAAGGCACGGCAAGUGAAUGGUGAAGUUGAUUUGCCUGACAGAGAUGGUGGGGCUGAGGCUACUCCAAGUGGGAAGCCUAUAUCUUCUUUGAUUAAGCCUGAUUCUGCAGUAUCAAAUAGUAUUAUUCCUGGUGGAGUUAGACUGCAUCAUAGAGCUGUGGUUGUUGCUGCUGAGACUGGGGGGGCGUUAGGUGGGAUGGUUAGACAGCUUUCCAUUGACCAGUUUGAAAAUGAAGGCAGGAGGGUCAGUUAUGGAACUCCAGAAAAUGCAACUGCAGCCAGAAAACUAUUAGAUAGGCAGAUGUCUAUUAAUAGUGUCCCCAAAAAGGUCAUAGCACACCUCUUAAAGCCUCGAGGCUGGAAACCACCAGUUCGCCGGCAAUUUUUCUUAGACUGCAAUGAAAUUGCAGAUCUUUGUGAUAAUGCAGCGCGGAUAUUUUCAAGUGAACCGAGUGUUUUACAACUUAGGGCACCCAUUAAAAUAUUUGGUGAUUUACAUGGUCAAUUUGGGGAUCUUAUGCGGCUUUUUGAUGAGUAUGGUGCACCAUCAACUGCUGGUGACAUAGCAUAUAUUGACUAUCUAUUCCUAGGAGAUUAUGUUGACCGAGGCCAACACAGCCUGGAAACUAUAACC